UUGAUGUAAUCUGAUGAAGUUAUAGUUCAGUUAUAGUUAUAGUUAUAAUAAUUUCGCUCAGCUCGUUUCUAAAUUUGAAUCCGAAAUAUACACAUCCACACCACAAAGGCAGGUAAAACGGGUGAAAUGGCAUCUUUUCCAGAUACCGUCAGAAAUGAGGAUACAGAGGUCAAUGGUUGGAUUCGAUUUGGCUUCCGUUUGGGAGUUAGCGCGGCGCUACAUCCAUUUGACUAUUCGAAAACACUGAUACAGCUGGGGUAUGAGCCCAUAGCAGCCCGCCCAGGCAGGUCGUUGCUGGGAAAGCCCAUUAUGACGUUGCCGAACAUCUUUCAGUAUGCCGGUCACAUACGCAAGAUUGAUGGUUUUGCCGGUUGCUAUCGCGGCCUGACUCCCAAGCUGGUAGGAUCAGUUCUAAGCCUUGUGGUUAGUGAGCGUAUUGCUGAGAAGUUGGGACUUCCGCAACAGGAUGACAUGAAGGAUGAGUCCGACCUGAGUGAUGAGGAAAUCUAUGCGCAAUUCAAGAUCAAUUUAAAGCGCGAUAUUGUUUUAACUGUUAGCGGCAUUGUGAUCGCGCAUCCGUUUCACGUGAUUUCGUUGCGUAUGAUGGCACAAUUUGUGGGACGAGAAACACUAUAUACCUCUAUUAUUGGCUCGAUAUCCGAGAUCUGGAAGACUGAAGGCAUUUUGGGUUUCUUUGCUGGCCUCAUCCCAAAACUUUUGUGUGAUGUGGUGUGUUUGGUUUUGACUAGCUCCACGGUCUAUAUCUUGAACAAAUAUGUGAUCAAGGACAAGUUGGGCAGGCAGUACAAUGCGGGCUUCACACAGUUUGCCUUUUCUAGCAUUCUGUAUCCCUUGCAAGUGGUCUCCACAUGCACAGCAGUUAGUGGCUCACGCCUGAUGGCUGGCCAACCACCGAUUAUGCCAGCUUACAACAAUUGGGUCGAUUGCUGGAAUGAUUUGCAGGCUCGCAGCGAACUGAAACGCGGCAGUUCCUUGUUCUGGCGCUCUCAGGGCAUUGCGACCCCCGUGAAAGCUUCCUAUGCCCCUCUACCGAAGCUGGUACGUUAUCAAUAAGUUGGUUAACAAUCGGGCGCAGCUUAAACUGCCGGUAAUGCGUCACAUCCAGAACCAAACCUCCUAGCCAUUGCCUUUGCAUUUAUGUUUUUCUGCACGAGCGCGAACCUACAUAACUGCAUUUGAUUUAUUGUCACUACAACUUUGAAAAACUAUAUUGUAUAAUAUACAAAAUACAUCAAAACAUGUGGUAGAGCGGAUGUGCGUGUCCAAUAAUAUUUUAUUGCCUUGUUUAAACCGAUUA